AGCUUCCAGUUCACAGCGGAGGAUCGUAUCCAGCAGUUGGAGCACGAGCUCUACAUGCUCAAGAGGGGGAAGGAACGCUUUGACGGUGUGGAGAUACCCUCGUUCCAGAAGCCACGUUCGCGGCCAGUUUCGCGGCCCGCGUCGCCUGGCCCGCAGACCCGCGAACGCUCCGCGGACGCGCGUCCGGGCCCAUCGCGAUCUUCAGCAGCCUUCGCGCCUCCAAAGCCUAACACUGCUGUGCCGCCUUCUCGGCCGCCGCGACCGCAGGAGCGCCCAGGGACCCCGUACCGCGCACCGGCGGAUCAAGGUGUGCCACUGCUACCGGAGCACCCCUUCGCGAAAGCGCGCGAUGCGACUUAUGCGCCUCCGAAUGUGCGCAACUUUGGGGCGCCACCUGCGAAACCGAAGGAACAAGAGCGCGACGGUGCCUUUCGCACCAUCGCACCAGUCUAUCAACCCGGGCUCGCUGCCGCAGUCUUUGAGCGUAUGAUGAAGACUCCCGUGAUCAACGUCUCGACGGAGGAGCUGCUCUCGCUGGCGCCGGAGGUCCGCGCGAAGUUCCGCGAAGCGGUCACCCCACGACGAGUCCCACCCACGGGGCAGCGAACUGUCGCGUUCGCCAGCGUUGGAGGGGCUCAGGGAGCGGCCGAAACGGAGCAGGAGGAACUCUCGUGUUUUGGGACGCCGCUAGAGCCUGGUGGCUUCGUUCUCCCCGACCUUUAUGACGUCUACCUCCGCGAUGUAGCGCCAUCUGGAGAGAGUCCCCCGCUGAAGAACGCGAAGGAGUCGCACGCGUUACGGUCGAUUGUCGGCCUCGUCGAUACCAAGGAGUACGUGGAAGCAAUUGUCGACCCUGGCUGUAUGAUCGUCGCGAUGUCAGAGCACGUGUGUCACCACCUCGGACUAUCGUACGACCCCACAAUACGGCUGAACAUGCAGUCCGCGAACGGGGAGGUCGAGAAAUCGCUCGGACUGGUGCGGAACAUGCCGUUUAAGGUCUCAACGAUUGUCCUUUACCUGCAGGUCCACGUCGUUCGCAACGCGGCAUACGACAUGCUGCUUGGAAGGCCCUUCGACGUUCUAACCAAGAGUGUCAUCAAGAACUUUGACAACGAAGACCAGACCAUCACUAUCGAAUGCCCCAACACCGGACAAAUUGCGACGAUCCCCACCAUUCCGCGGGGACGUGCUCGUUUUCGAGCCCGUCCUAACCCCGAGCCUGUCCGACCCGAGCCUACCAUUUGA